CCGCGUGGGUGCGCUGGAAGCCGGCAGGGUGAGUCUCGUCCGUGGUGGCCGCACUGACUUCUGCUGGUCGGUCGCUUCACCUGGGAGGGUGAAGCUGACCUCCCAUCAGCACACCCUCCACAAGUAGCGUUUUGCCCUUCCAGGUGAAUAUGGCCAUGAGGUGAGUCUCCAGCACGUAAUCAUUCAUCCUUCUCUUCUCACGUGACCGUUUGGCAGCCUCGUUGUUCUUGCGGCGUUUCUCCCAGUAGAGGGCAUCCUUCUUCUCAUCAGGUGAGCUGCUCUGGGAGUACAUGUGGAUACCUGAGCCUUCACAUGGGAGCAAGAGAAGGGCGUGUCUGGGAACAUGUUGCAUAGGGAUUCGCAGAAAGAGAGGUGGGGGAGGGGUAUGGAUGGGUGAAACAGGUGCUGUAUAGUGCUCGAGACAGUGCUGCUGAACAAUGAAGGUUUGAUGCCGAUUGUUAGAUAUAAGAAGCCUUGGUCCUCUCUCACCAGGAUUGCUCACGCAGCCAGAAGAGUUGCACAACUGCAGUCUACAAACAUUUGAGUCUCAGCAGCAUCAUGGCCAAGGAGAGUGUUGAAUCCGGCCUCACGUGGGAGGUUAGAGCAAACAGCCGGCACUACCACAAACCCAAACAGAAGAAAUCCUUUCUGUGCUUCCGCUGGGGGAGAUAUGCAGACAAUUUGUUGCGCAGCUACAAAUACUCCCCCCUGAACUUCCUGCCACUGACGCUGUUUGAGCAGUUCCAGCGAGUGGCCAAUCUCUACUUCCUCCUCAUGGUGGUGAUGCAGUGUGUCCCUGUCAUCUCAUCCAUACCCUGGUACAUCACCAUCAUUCCACUGAUCAUCGUCCUGUCUGUGCGAGGGCUAAAAGACCUUGCCAUCGACAUGGCACGGAGACGCAGUGACGCUCAGAUUAACUCCCGACCCUGUGACGUGCUUGACUCCCAAAGUUUCAGUGCAGCUCAGUGGAAGGAUCUGUUUGUUGGAGAUGUACUGCGAAUCCACAAAGACCAAGUCAUCCCUGCUGACCUUCUCCUCCUGUGCACUUCAGAGCCUCACAGUCUGUGUUAUGUAGAGACAGCAGAUAUCGAUGGAGAGACUAACCUCAAGUACCGGCAGGCGCUCAUUGCUACUCACAACGAGCUGACCUCUCACCCCUCAGAGGAAUCGCUUGCUGCCUUUGAUGGUGUGGUGCUCUGUGAGGAGCCGAACAAUCACCUGUACACCUUCAGAGGCCAACUGCAUUGGAGAGGAGAGUGUCUCUUGCUGGACAACCAGCACAUCCUCCUGAGGGGAACAGUCCUACGCAACACACAGUUUGCCUACGGCUUGGUCAUCUACACUGGCAUGGACACUAAGAUCCUGAGGAACUGCGGGAAGAUAAGAGUGAAAGUGACUCGGACGGAAAAAGUUUUCAACAAAGUGGUGAUUGGGAUCAUCCUGUCCGUGCUACUGGUAGCUCUGCUCUUUGCCAUUGGCAGCGGCGUGUUUUCCACUUGGGUCAUGAGCCACACAGGGGUUCUGACUCCUCUGGUGGUUGACGGCAACCCCAUCUACACGGGGUUCCUCAUCUUCUGGAGCUACAUCAUCCUGCUGAGCCCGGCCAUGCCCAUAACUCUUUACAUCACGUUCGAGGUGAUCCACACGGUCCACAGCAAGUUUAUUGGCUGGGAUCUGGAGAUGUAUUGGCCGCAGGCAGACAAACCGGCUCAGGCCAGGAAUACUUCACUGAGCGAGGAACUUGGCCAAGUGGGAUACCUGUUGAGUGACAAAACUGGAACACUUACCCAGAACCGUCUGCUCUACAGACAAUGCUGCAUAGCUGGAGAAAUCUAUGGGGAUGCUUCAGUCAGGGCAGAGGAUGUAGAGCCCAUGGACUUAAGCUGGAAUCCUUUUUCGCGAGGUGGACUGUUCAUGUCGGCUCCCCGCCUGGUGGAGACGCUCAGAGGACAGAAGUGUCCACUCAGCAUACAGUUCUUCUCAGCGCUGUCUUUAUGUCACACUGUCAUGGCAGAGUGGAAGGAAGAGGCUCCAGUUUACCAGGCUGCGUCCCCAGAUGAAGAAGCCCUUGUUGGUGCAGCCAGGGAGCUGGGCUGGGUCUUUCUUUCCAGGACAAGAGAUUUUAUUGUUGUCUCUGAGAUGGGUGUUACCCGCCAGUAUCAGCUGCUGGCCCUGCUGGACUUCACCAGCCAGAGACGUCGCAUGUCUGUACUGGUGCGGGAGCCAGAGGGUGGGUUAAAACUUUAUUGUAAAGGGGCUGACAUAGUAAUCCUGGAGAGGCUGCAGAAGGACUGUCCAUAUCAGGAAAGGGCUGAAAAAGCCUUGGAGUUGUUUGCCCAGGCCUGUCUGAGGACUUUGUGUGUUGCGGUUCGAUCGGUUCCUGAGGCAUCGUGGGAGCAGUGGAGUAAAACUCUGGCCCAGUCUGCUGCCAUGGCGACCUGUGACCGUGAAGCAGUGCUGGAAAAGCUAUAUGAUCAGAUGGAAAGAGAACUGCAGCUACUAGGAGUGACAGCAAUAGAGGACCGGCUUCAGGAGGGCGUUCCUGAGACUAUUGCUCUGCUUCAACAGGCUGGGAUUAAAGUAUGGGUACUGACUGGGGACAAAAAAGAGACUGCAGUGAAUAUUGGAUACUCUUGCAAACUACUGGAUCCUGAAACCAGAUUACUGGAAUGGCAGGAGCUGAGAGAGAUACUCCAAUCCCCAGACCCAGGGGUCAGUUUCUCCAAGGCCAGACAGAUGGACCUUUGGGUUGUAGACAAGGAGAGGGCUGGAGCAAAGACUGCUAUGGUUCUAUCUGGACCUGAGCUGGCAGAGUUCGACCAGAGACCAGAAUGGAGGUCCACGUUCAUGAGACUAGCAGAACAGUGUCAGUCGGUGCUAUGCUGUCGUGUAACACCUGGGCAGAAGGCUGACAUCGUCAAACUAGUCAGAAAGCACACCAGCUCAGUCACCUUGUCAAUCGGGGACGGUGCCAAUGAUGUUAACAUGAUCAAGACGGCUCAUGUUGGUGUGGGGAUAGCAGGAGUAGAAGGAGGUCAGGCAGUGCAGAAUGCAGACUUUGCAUUGUCCCAGUUCAGAUUCCUGCAGAGGCUGCUGCUGGUCCACGGGCGCUGGUCCUACAGGCGCAUUUCCCUCUUCUUACGCUGCUUCUUGUUUAAGACCUGCAGCUUUGCCCUCGUGCACAUAUGGUUUGGUUUCUUCAAUGGCUUCAGUGCUCAGUCUCUGUAUGAGCCGUGGUUUAUCGCUCUCUACUCUGUCCUCUACACAGCGACCCCAAUUAUGCUGGUGGCCUUCUUCGAACAGGAUGUGAGUGCAGAAAGCAGCCUGAAGUGGCCAGAGCUGUACAAGUGUGGACAGAGACAGGAGCUCUCCAGUCCUCUCAUGCUGGCCUUGUCGCUCCUGUAUGCCGUCUACACGUCACUUGUUCUAUUCUUUAUCCCGUUUGAAGUGUUUUACAACACAGCCUUCGACUACCAGACAAUGGCAGUCACAGUUGCCAUGGCGGCCAUGUUCACUGCCACCAUCGAGGUCGUGUUAGUGACCAAAUACUGGACCAAGUUCAAUAUAGCAGCCGUGUGUGUCUCUUUUGUGCUUUUCUUCAUUUGUACCAGGAUCACCCACAGCGCCCACAUGUUUCAGAUAUCACCCCACGACUAUGCCUUUCUCGGUACAUCAGAUAAGGCCUUCCUCAAUCCAGUUGUGUGGCUCACAGCUCUGCUCGCUGCCUGGGUGGCUAUGUUGCCUUCCUUGAUUGCCUGCGCUCUCAGUGUUAUUUUCACCGUCCAUGACAAACACAAGGUCCAUAGUGUGUCCAGUCAGCCGGUGGAGCUGAAGUCACAGAUGAGGAGAACGUCUCUUCGCCGUUCCUCUUACGCCCUCUCUCACGGAGCCGGGUCUGGGCACCACAUCACAUCAGCAACCUCCUUCCGCAGCAUAGUGCCAAUGGUGGAUGAGAAGGUGACUGCAAGUAAAAACCUCACUGCCUCACCAGACAAAAUUCACAAGGACAAUAGUGAUGCACCAAACGGAAUCUGAGUAAUGACUGAUUUAGGUUUUUAUGAGGAAAACAAAUAUGAUCAUGUAGUUAUUAUAUGCAACUUAGAGUUAAAAAGAUUAUUCAUAUCAUAUCUGUACUUCAAGUUGAAUAUAUGUAUAAAAUACAUACUGUACAUAUCUAAUUUAAAUCUUGUUUAAUGUUUUUACAUGGACAGUUUAGCUCAGCAGGAAUAUAUCUUAUCUUUGUUGUUUGAGACUGUUGUGGUAAAAAAGAAAAAAAAAAUUGUAUUUAUUUAUUUUUUUUACCUGCUGGGGUCACGGGGGAUUUCCUUUGAAGAUCAAACCAAACACAAUAAACCGACAGCACAGCUUUGUUUUACAAUUGUU